GGAGGGGCUCCUGCUGCAAUCCCACAUUCAGCCACAGGGAGGUGCCAGCUGCCGCAAGAGCCAAAGGGCCCUCCCCACUGGCAGAGAUGGCAGAAGCGGAAGAGGCGGGAGCUAGGGAGCACGUUACGUGAGUACGUGCGAGCGUAAAGGCAGGAUUACCGGAAUAGAAGGUGGACUUUUUCUGCGCGUGUUGGCGGUUCUGAAUUUUCAGAGUGUGGUGUAGAGUUGGAACCUCAUGGCAGAGAUAAUCCAGGAACGCAUAGAAGAUCGGCUCCCCGAAUUGGAACAGCUGGAGCGCAUUGGACUGUUCAGUCAUGCGGAGAUUAAAGCUAUCAUUAAGAAGGCUUCGGAUCUAGAAUACAGAAUACAGCGACGAGCCCUUUUUAAGGAAGAUUUUAUCAAUUAUGUUCAAUAUGAAAUUAAUCUUUUGGAGCUGAUCCAGAGAAGAAGAACACGCAUUGGGUAUUCAUUUAAGAAGGAUGAGAUUGAGAAUUCUAUCGUACGACGAGUACAAGGCGUCUUCCGACGUGCUUCAGCAAAGUGGAAAGAUGAUGUUCAACUUUGGCUGUCUUAUGUAGUCUUUUGUAAGAAAUGGGCUACCAAAGUUCAACUUAGCAAGGUAUUCUCUGCCAUGUUAGCCAUUCAUUCGAACAAGCCAGCCUUGUGGAUUAUGGCAGCCAAAUGGGAAAUGGAAGAUCGCUUGUCUUCAGAAAGUGCAAGACAAUUAUUUCUUCGGGCUCUGCGCUUUCACCCGGAGUGUCCAAAACUUUAUCAAGAAUACUUUAGGAUGGAGCUGAUGCAUGCUGAGAAACUGAGGAAGGAAAAGCAAGAAUUUGAAAAAGCCAAGAUGGAAGUGGAGAAUCUUGAUUAUCCGGAAGAAAUCCUUAAUGGCGAAUUGGCACGGAUCAUCUACAAAAACUCUGUGAGCAUAAUUAAAGGUGCAGAAUUUCACGUGUCACUGCUUUCAAUUGCACAGUUAUUUGACUUUGCCAAACAGUUGCAAAAAGAAAUUUACGAUGACCUUCAGGCACUACACACAGACGAUCCUCUCACUUGGGAUUAUGUGGCACGGCGAGAAUUAGAGAUAGAGUCCCAGCCAGGAGAAGAGCAGCCUGCAACGAAACAACCCAAAGCAGUGGAGGUGGGCCGGAAGGAGGAGAGGUGCUGUGCUGUAUAUGAAGAGGCAGUGAAGACUCUGCCUACAGAGGCCAUGUGGAAGUGUUACAUCAACUUUUGUUUGGAGAGAUUAACUAAGAAGACAAAUAGUGAAUUCCUCAGAGAGAAGAGGCUGGGAAGAACCAUGUUUGCAUUCAGAAAGGCACAUGAACUCAAGCUUCUGCCAGAAUUCCAGUACAAGCAGUGGAUUGAGUUGCUGCUGCACCAUGACUUGUUUAAGGAAGCCCUGGAGGUGGCCGGAGCUGGGACCGAAUUGUUUAGAGACUCUGUGACAAUGUGGCAGAUGAAGCUGCAGGUGCUGAUUAAAUCAGAGAGCACUGACAUAGCCAUGCUGUUUGAAGAAGCCUUUGCGCACCUGAAGCCCCAGGUUUGUCUACCAUUGUGGAUUUCUUGGGUGGAGUGGAGUGAAGGCACUAAAAGCCAGGAAGACACUGAAGCAAUCUUUAAGAAAGCUGUCCUAGCUGUCACAGGUGCCGACUCAGUAAUCCUGAAGGAUAAGUACCUGGAUUGGGCUUAUCGAAGUGUUGGCUACAAAAAGGCCAGAGCAGUGUUUAGAAGUUUACAGGAAAGCCGACCAUUUUCAGUUGAUUUUUUCAGGAAAAUGAUCCAGUUUGAAAAGGAACAAGAAUCCUGCAAGAUGGCGAACUUAAGAGAAUAUUAUGAGAGGGCUUUAAGAGAGUUUGGAUCUGUAGAUUCUGAUCUUUGGAUGGAUUACAUCAAAGAGGAAUUGAAUCACCCUCUUGGUAGACCUGAGAACUGCGGACAGAUCUAUUGGCGAGCCAUGAAGAUGUUGCAGGGAGAAUCAGCAGAAGUGUUUGUAGCUAAACAUGCUAUGCAUCAGGCUGGCCAGCUGUGAAAAGAGGAAGAACACAGCCAACUUUAUGAAAAAGCCUUUGAACCGGUUUGUUAUGGUUUGAACCUCUGCCGAGAACUUGCAGUUUCACCCGAUAUAUUUAAUCAGAAUCUACAUGUUAACAAGAUCCCCAGUUAAUUCUUAUGUAUCGUAUAAUAAAUUUAGAGAACCACUGCUCUACCAGUGGGGUCUUGGUGGUGCAGUGGUUAAGAGCCAGGCUGCUAACCAAAGGUCGGCAGUUUGAAUCCACCAGCCGCUCCUUGGAAACCCUAA